CAGUGCAGCCUAACUUCCGCAUAGGUGUAUGUGUGCUAUAGGUUCCGGCAGAUGCGGGGCUGGUGUGUGCCGGGUACCGGAAGAGAGUGGUUCCGGGCUGCAGACAGCGCUGACAGCUCCCCGUUUUAGCUGCCUGCGAUCGGGCAUGGUGUGGGUAUCAUGCUGUGCUGCCUGUGUGAUCUCCUGCAGCUGCUGGCUGCUCUGGCCGCUGUCCUGCUGCUCGUGGUUGCAGUUAUAGCCCAUGUGACAGCCAGGAAAAUGCCAAAUCUGCAUCGCCACGAGGCCGAGAAGUUCUUUAUUGCCAGUAAUGGAGAAAAGAAACCUUUCCCAAGUAUUCAUGACCGUCCCGAAAAAGACCUCUCUGUGGUUGUCCCCGCAUACAACGAAGAAGAGCGGUUGCCGGUUAUGAUGGACGAGGCAUUGGGAUUUCUUGAGAAAAGACAGAGGCAACGUCCGUCCUUUAAGUAUGAGGUCAUCGUUGUGGAUGAUGGGAGUUCUGAUAAAACAUCACAGGUCGCCUUGAACUAUUCCAAGAAAUAUGGAAGCGAUAAAGUUCGGGUGCUGACAUUGGUGAAAAAUCGAGGCAAAGGUGGAGCUGUCCGGAUGGGUGUUCUUGUAUCGAGGGGGAAGACUAUAUUAAUGGCUGACGCAGAUGGAGCUACGAAGUUUGCAGAUCUAGAACACGUGGAAGCUGGACUGGACAGCCUGAAACCCUGGCCCGACAACCUGGCGAUAUCCUGUGGAUCCCGAGCUCACCUGGAGAAGGAGUCCAUAGCAAAGCGUUCCCUGUUCAGAACCAUUCUCAUGUAUGGGUUCCACACCCUCGUCUGGUUCUUGUGUGUUCGGGGGGUUAAAGACACCCAGUGUGGGUUCAAGCUGUUUACAAGAGAAGCCGCUGCUCGCACAUUCACAGCUCUCCAUGUCGAUCGCUGGGCGUUUGAUGUGGAACUACUAUAUAUAGCCCAAUGCUUAAAGAUCCCAGUUGCAGAAAUUGCAGUAAAUUGGACAGAGAUUGAAGGAUCUAAACUGGUGCCUUUCUGGAGUUGGUUGCAGAUGGGACGAGACCUUCUUUUUAUACGGCUGCGCUAUCUCACUGGUGCCUGGAAAUUGGAUACAACUAGAAAGUUGGAUUAAGAUUCUAUAUUGAUCUAAGGAAACAUGGAGUCCGGAAGCAGCAGUCCUUGUUGGAUGAUCUUGGCGUGGGAGGUCCAGUGUUAAUAUGGGUCUACAUUUUACGGUGUAUUGAAACAACUCUGUGUUUCAUCAUCUCUGGUGGUAGUGUUGUCCGAUGGCAGGACUUUAUUACAGCAGGGGUCAAAUCUAUGUGAAUAGGUGCAUCCUACUGUUCAGUGACCAGUCCGUUCUCUACAAACAGCAAAAGAGACAGCAAAUGUCUAGAAAUGGUUGGCUUUCUUCUUUUUUUUUUUUUUUUUUUU